ACUCAAGAUCCAUUUCCAGCUGUAACUAUUUGUAAUUCAAAUCAAGCUUACAAGCAAAAAGCUGAACAAUUUUCAAUUUAUUCGACUGAAUAUGCGAUGAUACAAGUGUUGUGCAAUCGUAAAGUGAAUGCCACCAUUGCGAGUUCGAUUACGGAUUGGAGCAAUUUGCAAAAUUUCAUUACCGAUGUAUGGACGAUCUCACAACCCUGCAGUAAAAUGUUGCUAUUCUGCCAGUUUGGUGGUGUAAAAUACAAUUGCUCCGAGCUUUUUCACCCAAUCAUAACUGACAGCGGAAUGUGCUGCGUCUUCAAUGUGGUAACCCCGAACUUCGUAUAUAAAGCUAGAGGGAACGUGAAAUGUGAUGCGGCUAAAUGUCCACUGCCAAAUGGAACUGUUGCAGUUGAUUGGAGUCCGGAGCGCGGCUACCCUGCCGUAUUACCAGAAUCCUAUAGUCCAAUGCAUGCAGCAGGCACGGGCGAAUCGUUGGGCUUAAAACUGAUGUUGGAUGUUGAAAGAGAUUCCUAUUAUUGCUCUUCUACGAAUAGUGUCGGCUUCAAGAUACUGCUGCAUAAUCCACUCGAAGUGCCUAAUAUGCGGGAAAUUGGUCUACUACUAUCGCCCGGCCAUGAGACUAAAGUGCGCAUUCGGGCAUCUAAAACUGAAUCUACGCAACAUUUACGUUCGUUGAAUAAGGAAUCGCGUGCUUGUCUUUUCGAAGGUGAAUAUGUUUUGCAUAAUUACAAAACGUACACGCAAAGCAAUUGUAUGGAGGAAUGUUUCAAAAAAAUUUUGUUAAGAUAUUGUGGAUGUAUUACCCAUUACAUGUUCGAUAUUUAUAGAAAUGCAUCCAUAUGCAGCAUAUACGAAGCCUCGUGUGUGGAACGAGUGCGAUUGCAGUCAAUGGUGUCUAGAAAUGGCAGAGGCUGUGCAAAUACUUGUUGGCCUGCCUGCUAUGAUCUCACCUAUUGCCCAGACUUUUUCAUCACACCACUAUCAGCAUCAGGAUUUCAUACUAAACAUCAGUUGGAAAAGAGUAAAGAUACAUUUUAUAUGCUACAAAAUAUGGCUGUGGUAAAUAUUUACUUCAAAGAAAACUGGUAUAGAAGCAGUAAACAGGCGGAGUAUGUUGGUAUAACGGAAUUCUUAUCAAAUAUAGGCGGUGUUAUUGGAUUGUUCUUUGGUUUCAGCUUCAUAUCCGUGGCGGAAAUCAUUUUCUAUUUACUACUAAAGCCCGUUCGCAUGUUGAUCAUUCUGCUUUGGUCAAAACGUACAAAGUCCGCCAAAGUGCGAAAAUUGCAAAAUUUAAAGCUGUUCGAAAAGCAGUCAAUGAACGACUAAAGUUUGUUAGAGCAGAAAAAAAACAUAUCGCAGAGAAAUGGCGGAAGUGAGUACAUAAAAUAAAGCAAAGUGAAACUUUAUGAUAGCAUCAUCGGCGGUUUCCUACCAAAAUAGUACGAUCAUUUCGAAACAAAAUCUAAAGUGUUAUAAUACCAAUAUCCAUGAAUGUAUUUAUGUAUGCACAUACUUGUCAA